UGACGCUUUAUUCCGAGCCGAAGCGAGGAAGCUUUAACGUCGGUUCCCGUUCUUCACGACAAGACCACAAGCUCUGCAUCAUCCCCCCUCUCAUCACAAUGGCAUCACGCGUGGCAAAGACCGCCCUUGGGGCCGCACGUCUCCGUCCAACCGCUACGGUUCGGGCUCUCCCAACUCUGGCCAGCACCGCCCGAUACAACUCCAGCGUCCCCGCUGAGGAGCCAAAGAAGAAGGCCCAAUCGAUCCUCGAUUCCCUUCCAGGCAACUCCCUGGUCUCCAAGGCCGCCAUCCUCUCCUCCGGAGCUGGCGCGUCCAUCUUCGCUCUCAGCAACGAGUACUAUGUCGUCAACGAGGAGUCCGUCGUCGGUUUCUCGCUCCUCGCCAUCUUCUUCGCUGUUGGCAAGUACCUUGGACCAGCAUACUCCGGAUGGGCCGAGGGACAGAUCAGCAAGAUCCGCGAUAUCUUGAACUCUGCCCGCGCCGACCACACCGAGGCCGUCAACGCCCGCAUCCAGAACGUUAAGCAGAUGGGCGGUGUCGUCGACAUCACCAAGUCUCUUUUCGAGGUCUCCAAGGAGACUGCCCAGAUCGAGGCCAAGGUUUUCGAGCUCGAGCAAUCCACCGCCCUUGCCGCUGAGGCCAAGAGCGUCCUCGACUCGUGGGUGCGUUACGAGGGACAGGUCAAGCAGCGCCAACAGCAGGAGCUUGCGCAGUCCAUCAUUGCCAAGAUCCAGAAGGAGCUCGAGAACCCCAAGACCCUUCAGAACAUUCUCCAGCAGAGCGUCGUUGACGUUGAGAGAAUUGUUGCCCAGAAGGCUUAGAUGGCAGUGAGGCCUAAUAGAGAUUUCCUUUUGUCACUGUCAAAUAGAACCCAUGUGCCAUAGUCAAUUUUUAUAUCUCUUCCAAACAU